AUGCAAUUGGAGAAAUGGUCACUUAUUGAAGAGAGUGUGAUAAAACAGAAGUCCAGAGUACAAUGGAUGAAACUAUGGGACUCCAAUACAAAAUAUUUUACUGCUGUGGUUAAAGAGAUGGCACAGAGGAAACACAUCCAUGAACUCACUGCUUUGAGUGGUACAAAACUGACUGAGCCAAAAGCCAUUAUACAUGAAGUUAUCUUGUUUUAUAAGGGACUCAUGGGAACUGCAGCACACACAUUACCUGCAUUAGAUAGAAUAAUUAUGUAUAAAGGACCCCAACUCACCCAUAAGCAGAAGCUGUUUCGACUAAUGGAUGUCAUUGAUGCUGAGAUCAAAGAUGAUUUAUGGGCUAUGGGAGAAGACAAAGCUCUUGGGGUGGCCUGUCCUGUUACAAUAAAAGAGUGCAGACCAAUAGCAUGCUGCACUGUUCUUUACAAAAGUAUCUCUAAAAUUCUAGCUUGCAGACUCCAAUCAGUCAUUUCCUCAAUCAUAUGUGAGGCCCAGGCUAGUUUGGUUCCAGGCAGGAAAAUAGUUGAUAAUAUUAUAUUAGCUCAUGAACUGGUGAAAGGGUACACUAGGAAAAAUAUCUCUCCUUGGUGUAUAAUUAAGGUGGAUUUGAAGAAAGCUUAUGACUCUGUUGAGUGGAUUUAUUUGGAACAGGUGAUGGACGGGAUUGGAUUUCCAACAAAAUUCACUAACUGGAUUAUGGAGUGUGUUAGAACUGUUAACUACUCUGUGCUGGUUAAUGGGGAACCCACAUAA